AUAUUGUCAAUUCUAUUGUAGCGCUCAGCUGUGUCAGACAGGCGCGCUUUUUAGGUGUUAUUCAGUGACGUUUAUCACGUCAAAACGUUAAAAGUAGCUUUUGUGCUGCGUGAAAACAGGCCCAGAGUCUGUGUGAAAAUUUUCAUCUGUCCUGUGUGAAUUAUAUAGCACACAAGGUGUGAUUUUGCGUGAGUUAACGGUGUGGUAACGAAUUGUAAGUGCCGGGUUUCACCUUAUUACGCAUCAUCCGGGAACCUCGUUUACUUUCUUUUCGUAUUUUCAACAAAAAUCAAUGAUUUCUUCUCUGAAUGGUGUUUUCUUGUUUCUCUGAUAUCACCUUAUUCUUCACUUCUUCACGGGGAUGUUUGUGCUGUGCAAUAUCUAAUUGGUUUUCCACCAGUAUGAAUUUUGACUUAUUAUCAAUUUGUGAUUAUAAGUGAAUGAUUAUUUUUUUUGGUUAAUCCGGGUGUGACAAUCAUUGUUCCUAGGUGGCUGGAUUAAAAGAAAAUAGAAGAAUAAAAGUCUUAAGAUUGAUUUUAACUGAAAGUUAAAGAAGAAUUAAAAGAAGAAAAAAUGGAUCCAACCGGCGGGCGUGAUUCACGGUACAAUUUAAACUAUAGUAUGAGUAUGUUGGGGGAUAGUAGUGAAAUUUAUGGGAAUCCCAAUGUGACCCUUGCAAGACCCCCAAGUGGUGGUGGCUUGGGCCAAGUGAUGAGUCGCAGUGGUGGCCUAAUAAACUCAAAUACACAGUGUGGGUCCCUCAGUCGUGGGCUCAAACGAACUAAUUCCGAGUGUUUUGAUGAACGCGCCAUGGGGUCCCAGACGAUGGGACUAGAUGGAUGUUCCGGUGGUGUUCAGGAUGUUGUCGAAGAGGGAUUUACGUCGUUGCAGCAGAAGAAAUCACCGCCGAGCAAUGGGAAAAAGACCAAGGGACGUGUGAAAAUUAAAAUGGAGUACAUUGAUAACAAAUUGCGACGUUAUACGACAUUUUCAAAGAGAAAGACAGGAAUCAUGAAGAAGGCUUAUGAGCUAUCAACGUUGACGGGGACACAAGUUAUGCUGCUGGUGGCAUCAGAAACGGGUCACGUGUACACAUUUGCCACACGUAAAUUGCAGCCUAUGAUCACAUCUGAAGCGGGAAAGGCUCUCAUUCAGACAUGCCUAAAUUCCCCGGAUCCACCAAGUAGCACCGGGGCGGGUGAUCAGAGAAUGUCCGCCACGGGCUUCGAGGAGACAGAGCUGAGCUACAACAUCGGUGAUGAGGACUCCAAAGUAAGACAGUUAGUUUAUGGUCAUGGGCACCAUGGGCAUGCACAUUUAGGGCAUCCUCAGGGGCACUAUGGGCUCGAGCAGGGGUUGAUGCAGCAACCAUUUGGUGGUGGUGGUGGUGGUGGGCAAGCAUCACCACUAUCGCAUGCAUCCCCAUAUGCCCCCCAUUCUGGUCAUACGCAUCAUGGGCAUGUUCCGCAUCCCCAUGCAACGCACAUGAGUCAUGCACAUGCACAACGGUAGUGAAUUCAUUGAGAGGUAAAACCCCUACAAUGAGCAUGCUCGGCGUGCCCUUAAGUAGUAGCUUCCAUUUUUUUUAAUUAAAUUAAAUUAAAUUGUUUUUUUUUUAAUAUGAGAUCUCAGAAUUUCUCAGAAAACACAACAAUUAGAUUAUGUAUGUAGGUAUGUAAUAAUAGUUGAAAUCUGUUGCUUAGGUAUAUUUUAUUCUUCUACAAAGAAGGAUGGAUUCUUUUUAAAAAUACACAUAGUGAAUAAAAUACAUAUUUAGAAUGUUUUUUUUUUAAAUAAAUGACUAGUGCCACAAGGAGAGGAUAGGUACUUAGAGGCUGGUUUUUACACAUGUCUCUAUAAUAGAAUGAACGUUUGACUGUUGCGCUGAAAUGUUGAAAUGUUAUUAUACUGUGAAGAGUCUUGUUUAAGGUUUUUUUCUCAAUAAGAACGAUUCGUUAAAGGAAUCUCCCCAUCAAACAUUCCCAAUGUUUGCUAAAGGAUGUAUUAAUUUUAUUUACAAUUCAUUAGCUAUUCAUCUUUUUCAUUUACUAAUGUAAUAAGAAAAAUAAAAAAAAACCAAAUAACAUUCCAUUGUGUCUUUCCAUAAUUUAUUGCAAUUGCCGUUGCCAUAUUUUGAAAUAAAAUUCCUCAAAACUCUUUUUUUUAAAUCUGUUAAUUGUGAUUGUUUUAUAUGUAUGUAUAUCGAAAUAGUAGGAUAUGUGUAGCUUUCAGGAUAAUUAUCAUGUCUUAUAGGUUAUUUUCCUGAUCACGGUAUUGUCACAGAGAAUCCUUGAACGGAUAGGAAAAUGAGAAAAUAUAUUAAAACUCUCAUGUUAUGAAAAUAAUGGAUGAGUGGUCAUUAUUUUAGCAAAGAAAUUUUUUUAAUGAAAAUCCGAAUAAAAUAUCACAAAAUGACAAUUUCUAAAAUAAUUAUUUUAGAUGCCUCACAAAUGUGAUAUAUCUUGAAUAUAUCUACGGUUAUGUGCCUACAUAAAUAUUGAUUUGUAGCUAUUGUUGAAUUUUUAUUCCAAAUGACUUCAUUUAACAAUAGGAGAACGUAGCCCAAUUCAGAUCUGACCUCUUAAGGUCUUUUUCAAUCCGCGAUUACUUAAAACUGAAAAAAACUUUAAAUAUAGAAAGUAAUGGGAGUUAAAAGAGCAUUUAAUGGACUUUAAAAUGGUACCUUUAAGAAUAUUGCUUUUAUACCAAUUUUUCUCAUUCUGCGUGGACCUUUGGAGGUCCGAAUUGGGCCACGUUCCCCUACUAUUGACUUCAACUUUGAAACAGAUAAAAAAAUUUGAUUUCUUUGAAAAUGAAGUUGAUAGUUUUCAGUAUUUGGAGAAUAUUUGAUAUAUUCAAAGAAUUUUGAUAAUACUGUAUGGCUUUUUACAACCAUUAACACUUUGAGGGAUCAUUUUAACCUCAAGCUUUGAUGAUAAUUUUAUUUCAAAUAGAAAAUUCUUUUUAAAAAUUUUUUUGGAGAACCUAAAAUAAUUGAUAUUACCUCAAGACAUACUGAUAUAUAAUUUAUCAUGAUUGGUUAAAGAAAUAUUUUUUUUCUGCGACGAAUAUAAAAAUCGAAUUGGCUACGUUGUCUAGCAAAAUUCUUCAAUGGCUCAGAACAUAAACUUCAUACUUUAACUUUUUAAAAUUCUAUAUAAAAUUUUUGUGAAUAUUGUUUAAAAUAUCCCUGAUACAUCUUCUACAAAAUAAAUUAAAAUAAAUUAAUUUUUACUAAUUUUUAUUUAUUGAGACAUACAUAAGCUCUUGCAGCACUAAAAGACAAUAUUUUCAGCCAGAUCAGUGUUUAAUUUUUUAUUUCAUUUGCAUUAUGAUUUAGACAUACAAAAAAAAACAAAAUCACAAAUAAAUAUUCAUAACACUUUUCCAAUAUCUUCACUGUCUUAUUGUGGAGAUGAAAAAGGGAAUUUGUGACCCAUACUUAUAAACAAUGAAGGAAAAUUUUUAUAUAUGUAAAAGCAAAAUGGCAAAAAUCCAAAAAGUUCAACAAUAAAUAAAAAUUAAGGUAAUAAUUUUCGCAAGUAACGGCGAAAAACUGCUAAAAAAAAUUAAAAGAAUCCACCCACACUAGUUGGUCAUUUGGCGCCAAAUACUUUCUGUUGUCAUCAAUUAGCAUUAAAGCAAAUAAAGCUAUGAGCAAAAAGAUGAUCAUUUCUCCACCUCCAGAGGAAAUUUUCUUUUUUCCCCCAACUAUUAUUGCGUUAUGUAUCUGUGUAGCUUUAUAUAAAACACAAAAAAAAGAAAUUACAUGGAUUUUUUAAUACAUAUAAUUUACAAAACUUUCUAUUUCGAUGGGCUAUCUUCCUUUUAAAUCUUAACCCUCGUAAAACGAUAUCUUAAUUGGUUUAUAAAAUCAAUUAGUUAAAUCCUGAUUUUUUUCAAUUCUCUUAACUUAAAAUUAUUUUAAACUUUAAAGCCUAUUAAAAACACAUUUAAAAAUUAUCUAAACAACAAAUCAUAACAUUUAAACUAAUUUUUCAUCAUCAAACACAUUUUGCAAAAUUUUCAUUCCACAAAGAUUUUUUUACACCUACAUAUGAUUUAUGUGUAUAUAUGAUUGAUAGGAUUAAAAAAAAUUGUGCAGACUUUACACUACGAGUUUCGGUAGUUUAUUUUUAAUUUACAUGAUAAUAUGCAUCGGAAAAAGAUUAAAAACACAAGUCUAGUCAAUUUUUUUAUGAAGAAUUAAAAACUGUAUGAAUUCAAAUAGACAAUGUAGAUUAUAAUGAGCGAUGUACUACACAAUAUAAGGUAAAAAAUAUAUGAAUAAGAAAAAAAUUAAAAAUAAAUAUGGAGAAUGUAAAUUCAGGAAGGCAAUACUAAGGAAAAAAAUUGCAAAAAAAUAAAUUGAUUUAAGAAAAAAAGUAUCUAUCUUUUAAAUGGUUAACAUUAUGGAAAAUUGUGGUUAACAAGUAUGGAAAUAUUUUUUUGAUUCCCCGGAAAAAUGUAGCAAAAAUUUGACUUCUCGGUUUUGUAAUGAAAAAAUUUCCUUUUACACUUUCUUAGAAAUAUUAUCCUUCUUCUAAGAAAUGUUCUAAUUCAAAAUGACGAAACUUACAUAAAAGUUAAAAGUAUGAGAUUAAGUAAACUGGAGUAAAAUGACGAAGUUAAAGGUGAGAAAAUGUCAAAACGUAUUUAAAUACGUUACAUGUAAAUGAAAGGUGAAAAAAAAACUUUUUUAGUCUGAGAUUAAUUAAAUAUUAAGUAAGAAAUUAAUAGAAAAGUCUAUUAACGCGUUUUUUCGUCUAACCCUCUACGUAUUCUCUUACGUUCUAAUGUGGGUCCGCUAAAUUAGUAAUGUCAAAGGUUAUGAACACUAAAUCUGUCAAAAAAUUAGCGUCAGAUAAUUUGAAAUAUCCCUGUACAAAUUAGACACGAUUUUUAUGUCUAAUUACUCAUGAAUGAUUUGGAAAAAACAAAAGACUAUCCUUAGUAUUGACUUCGCUGAUUUAAUUUAAAAUCCUUGUAAUAGCUGUAAAUUUUUUUUAAAAAAUGUUUUUAAAAAUAAAUGUAUGUAUAUUAUAUAAUAUAAUUUGAAAGACAAAAGAAUUGAUAGACGAAUAAAAGGAAUUCUACAAUAAAUGAAAAAAAGGAUUUUCUCAUACAAUGUGGGAAAAGUGGCACAGAUUGAAUUUGCAAUGUUGCCAUAUUAUUCGGUUAAAUGCAAUUUUAUCUGCAGCGCGUGCCAAGUAGUCUGAAGAAGUUCUCUACAUAUACAAUUUAUGUAUCAUUCACGCGUUCAAGAAUAAUUCAUAGUGACACGCGCGAGCGUUGACAUUGAAUUUUGCAAGAGAAAAUAUUGCCUCUGUAUUGCACAGAAGCUCGUUUGACUAAAAAAAUUUUAUAUUCUUUUCAAUUUAUAAAUUAAUACUUUUCUUCAAGAUUUUUUGAAGUAGGUACAAAAUUUAUUUACUUACUUGAAUAUGAAUAUCUUACUGGAAAAUUCUGCAAUUUACUGUUGACUUUUCUUGGCAAAAUCUGGAACUGAUUUGAGAAUGUAGAAAAAGACGACGCAUGAUGAGGAAAGAAAAUAAAUUACAUUCCUUCAAAUUUACUUACAUAUUUAUUAUCUUUAUUGUUUUGGCGACUAUGUUAAAUAUUUCACUCCAUUUCGCUCACAAAAUAAAACAAGAGAAUAAUUGAAAAUUUAUUGGAAUAUUUACAAAAUACAUACAAUCAGUAUAAGGAAUUAAAAUUUUCUUGUAAAAAAUCUUAUCUCACAUUUUUAAAUUAUUUUAAACAAAUUAAUAAUACUCUUUCCCAAGUCAAGAAUAUAUUUUUUUAAUAGUUAAACGAAUCUAAUUUUGAAUAAAUUCAUUUUCUAUUUUUUUUUUCAAUUUAAAAUACUUUUCAUGAACUUUUAUUAAAAUCUGUUCAGUAGAUUUUUUGCAAAUAAUAAAGCGGUUGAAUUGGCAGCAUUUUUUUCGAAACGUAGAUCAAGACAUUUUCACCUAGUCCGAGACGUUGUCAAGACGGCAUAAUGAAUUAGUUUUCCCAUCUUAACCCAUUUGAUGCUAAAAUUCGGUUUCAUAACCACCGAUAAAUAGAAUCUCUUUAAAAAUACCUAAAAUUUAUCAUUAAUUUUUUUUCGGGACAAUUCUUUUUCAUUUUUUUGUCUCCGAAAAAAUUUUAAUUUAAUUUGGAUAAUUUUUAACAUUUUCUUCUCGGAAAAAAUAAAUAAAUUAAAA